GCCUAUUAGUGAUUUUUAUUGUCAUUCAACUUGUAUGUUUCAACGAUCAACAAAAGAGUUGAUCAUUAAUAUACAAGCUCUUAUAAUAUUUACAUCUAUAAUUAUUAUCAUCCAGUCUUUUGUCUUUUAAUUGAAUUUGUAUCCUUUAAUAUCAUUUAAUAUGACGUUAUGUUUCAUCUGAUGAUCUUCAAUCAAGUGUACAACAGUCUAUCCACUUGAUUCCAUCCUUGUUUUAUUUUUCAUCUCUGUUGUAAUUUUAUUUUUAUAGGCGUGUUUAUUAAUUUGGUGAUUCUGGAAAGGCUGUUUGAAUUGAAUGCUAUUACCCUCAUCACUUGUUAGUUAUUAAACAUUCGCAACAAUGUACAUAGCAAUCAAUCUUUUAUUAGUGUCAACAUUUUCACUUCUUUUGGUUGGCAAUUGUGUGGAAAGUCAAAAGUGUGUCUUUAGAUCAGUAUGUGAUGAUUUUUCUGGUUCAAUAAUCACUGGACUUAAAAUACCAUGUGUCGCCGAGACUGGACCUCAAACUAUUACGGAUCAAUCUUUAUUGCGUUCACUGCAAGAAGUUUGCCCUCACCUCGAUCCAAUUAACAAUCCAACUCUCUGUUGUGAUGAGGAUCAAAUCAAUCAAUUGGUUGACCAAUUGGCACUCCCAAAAGGAAUGUUAUCCCGAUGUCCAUCAUGUUUUUACAAUUUUGCUAAUUAUUUGUGUGAGAUGACAUGUUCACCAAAACAAUCAACAUUCUUAAGGCUAGAUGCAUCAGAGCCCUCAAAAAGCAAACCUGGUAAACAACAAAUAACCGCGAUUUCCUAUGCAAUCGAAGAAAAAUUUGCUCAGACCUUAUUCAAUUCUUGUGUUAAUGUUUUGGCUCCUGGUCCUGGAGAUAAACCGAUUAAAAUAAUGUGUGGUAAUUGGGGUGACCAAUGCAAUGCUCAUCGUCUGUUGGAAUAUGUUGGACAAAAAGAUCCUUCACCAUUCAAUAUUAAGUUUCAAUACUAUCCUGAUUCUAAUGACACUGGCAUCUCUCCUAUUCCUCUCGUUUCAUCACAAUGCUUUGAAGCACCAGGAGUUGCUAAUAAAUCAGCCUGUUCUUGUUCAGAUUGCCCAGCUGUGUGUAAACCCUUGCCACAACCUGAAUCUCAUGAAAUAUUUAAGAUUUUCGGUAUCGAUGGAAUGGCCUUAGUUAUGUCUAUUAUUUUUGUAGCUACUACUACUCUGGUUGUUUUAUAUUUCACCCAUUAUGAGCGUAGAAAACAGACUCAUGAAGAUGAAAAUGCUCUCUGUGACUCUACUCUCGCAAUAUUACCCAGAAAAACCAUCGGAUCCAGGUUGGAAGCAUUUCUUGAACACAGUUUUACUCAAUGGGGAUAUAUGGUCACUGGAAGACCGAUCCUAGUCAUUAUUAUUGGUAUCGCUUUAGUAUUGGUUACUGGUCUUGAGUUAAGAAACAUUUCUAGUAGAAUAACCUCAGAUCCUGUUGAAUUAUGGAGCUCACCUAAGAGUCAAGCUCGUCAAGAGAAACAAUAUUUCGAUGAAAUGUUUGGUCCAUUUUAUCGAACUAAUCAGUUGAUUAUCAAGAGAACAACAAAUGAACCUAGUUUUUUGUAUAACUCAAGUGGAAAAGAAUACACAUUUAACUCAAUUUUUGAAAAAGAUUUCCUAUUGAAAAUUCUCGAACUUGAGCAAGAAAUUACAUCGCUCACAGCAAAAUUGGAUGGUGAAACAAUUAAAUUGAAUGACAUAUGUUUCAGUCCUUUAGGCAAUGGCUUAUGUGCAGUUCAAAGUGUUUUCGGCUGGUUCCAGGAAAAUGCCACUCACUUUGAUGAUGAUCCCAACUCAAAUUAUACUUACCUCGAUCACCUUGUUUCCUGUCUUAGUAAUCCUUAUGCUCUCGAUGAUAAUUUGAAACCAUUUCACUACCGUUGUUUAGGUGAAUAUGGUGGCCCAGCUUUGCCAAAAGUUGCUCUCGCGGGCUUUAAUCUUGCUGAUUCACAAAAAGAUGCCGCUGCCGCUUACACUCAAGCUACAUCACUCGUAAUUACAAUUUUGGUCAAUAAUCAUGCCGAUAAGAGUCAGAAUAAAAAAGCGGAAGCAUGGGAAAAAGUGUUUUUGGAUUACUUAAAUGCUUUUAAUCACACUCGAUUCCCUAAUCUCGAUAUUACUUAUUUUUCAGAGAGAUCAGUCCAGGAUGAAAUAAAUCGUCAAAGUUUGGGUGACAUUUCAACUAUUACUGUCAGCUAUCUGGUUAUGUUUGCAUAUGUCUCGUUAACCCUGGGCAGAAUUCCAAGUAAAAGUCAAUUCUUCGUUCAUUCCAAAAUCGGUUUGGGUUUCCUUGGUGUCAUAACCGUUAUUGCCAGCGUUAUAUCAUCUAUUGGUUUGAUGAUCCUUCUAGGAUUUAAUCUAACUCUUAUCAUCAUGGAGGUUAUUCCCUUUUUGGUUUUGGCUGUUGGAGUAGAUAAUAUUUUCAUUCUUGCUCAACACUUACAGCGUUACAAUCCUAAACAAAAUGAGUCUUCUCAAGAUCAAGUAGCUAAGGUUUUGGGAAAAUGUGGACCAUCUAUUCUUAUGGCUUUUGCCUGUGAAGUUACAUGUUUCUUUAUUGGAGCUUUAUCAACUAUGCCCGCUAUCCGAAUGUUUGCAUUGAAUGCUGCUUUAGCUCUUCUAAUCGACUUUUUACUACAAAUGAGUGUUUUCAUUGCUGUUUUAUAUCUUGAUUUGGAGAGACAGAAAUCAUCUAGAUUUGAUAUUCUGUGUUGCUUUCAAUCAUCCAAAAACAUCAAUCCUGAUCCAACGCCUGAUGAUGUUGAAGCUGGAUUACUUCAAAAAAUCUGUAAAGAUCAUUAUGCACCAUUCCUCAUGAAAGACAAAGUUCGUUUAGUUAUAUUCAUCAGUUUUACUCUUUGGGUUUGCUCUUCUAUUGCUGUUGUAAACAAAAUUGAGGUUGGAUUGGAUCAAGAACUAUCAAUGCCUCAUGAUUCUUACGUCCUUAAAUAUUUCAAAGCCCAAAAAAAUGAUUUACGCGUCGGACCUCCUGUUUAUUUUGUUGUUGGUGGUAAAUUUGAUUAUUCAGAAAUUUUCCACCAAGAAAUUAUUUGUGGAGCUAGCUUCUGUGGUGAAAAUUCCCUCUUUAAUCAAAUCAGUCAAGCAUCACACGAACCCGAAUCUAGUUACAUUGUUGAUACUCCUGCGUCAUGGCUUGAUGAUUACUUCGAUUGGGCUGGAUCAUCAUCUUGUUGUCGAAUUUUCAAAAAUGAUACAAAUAUCUUCUGUCCAUCUACAUUAACAGAUAUUAACCGAAGCAAAGAUUGUAAACAGUGCCCUAUUUUAGAUGAUGACCAAACUGUGAAACCAAAAGAAUUUUAUGCUUUUCUGCCUGACUACUUAUCUGAUGAGCCGACAGCCAAUUGUCCGAAAGGUGGUCUUGGAGCUUAUGGAGCUGCUGUUAAAUUAGGUGAUGAUGGUCGUGUAUUGGCUAGUCACUAUAGUUCCUAUCAUUCACCUCUAGUCAAAUCAAGCGACUUUAUCGAAGCAAUGAAAAGUGCUCGUUUCUUAGCAUCAAACAUUGAACGAGCAGUAUCAACCGCUUUAAAGCCAGGCGAAGAAGUUAAAGUAUUUCCAUAUUCUCUUGUCUACGUUUAUUACGAGCAAUACCUUACUAUCUAUGGUGACUCCAUCAGAAGUCUUGCCUUAUCAAUUACAGCUAUUUUCUUGGUAUCCUUUGUUUUGUACGGAUUUGAUAUCAAAGCAUCACUGAUUGUCGUUUUCACCAUUAUAUGUAUCGUAAUCAAUCUUAUGGGAAUGAUGUAUUGGUGGGACAUUUCACUGAAUGCCUUGUCUUUGGUUAAUCUCGUUAUGGCUGCUGGUAUUUCAGUUGAAUUUUGUUCACAUAUAACUCAUGCUUACCUAAUGAGUAAUGAAGCAAGUCGUGUGAAGCGAUCACAAGAAGCCUUGGCUACAAUGGGUUCAUCUGUUUUAUCUGGAAUCACAUUGACUAAAUUUGCCGGUAUUCUGGUAUUAGCUUGGUCAACAUCACAAAUUUUCGUUGUAUUUUAUUUCCGAAUGUAUUUCGGUAUUGUUAUUAUUGGAGCACUUCAUGGUCUUGUUUUAUUACCAGUACUGUUGAGUGUAUUUGGAGGUAAACCCAAGCUGAGCAGUUCAUUUAUAAUUGAUAAUCCUGAACAAGCAGUUGUGGAAUAAAUAACGCUACUGAACCUCAUAAGCUCACACAACAUUGGUUGAAAAACAUUGAUACUCUGCAUUUCAAGAUAUUAAGAACGGGCAAUAUUUUUAAAUUUUUAGAUAACCGUUCAACUUUCAACAAAUAAAUUGUUUAUUUAUCAUAGUUAUUUUCAAUAAGAACCAAAAAUUGGAAAAUUGAUCUUUUGUUACACAUAAUCCUCAUCUAAAUGUAGAGAUACUGUCUGCCUUAACAUUUUGAAAUGCGUUGUAUCACCUCUUUAAUGAUCAUGAUCUCUAACCAUCUAAUACAUAUUGACUGAACCAAAACUAAUCAUGAAACAGCUACAGAAUCCGGUCAAACAAUCAUGUUAUCAAAUUGAUUUCAUCAAUUAUUGAGUUGUUUGUUUAGUUUUUUGAAGAUAACAUGCGAAUAUCUAUGUUUCAAUGUAAAAAAUCACUAUCUUUUACCCAAACACAAAUUUUUAGAUAAUAAAUAUAAUAGAUUUAUAUCCUUUUUAAACCUAAA